AUGAUUAGUAUAUCUCAAUUUAAAUAUAUUUUAUCAUUCAUUAAUCAAUAUAUCUCAUUAUUGAAGUUACAAUUUAUUAUUUUAAAUAUUCAUUUGAAUUCUCUUUCAUUAUUUCCAUUGUUUCUUUUAUUUCUUAUUUGUUUUUAUCUAUUUCUAUAUCCAUUAAUCAAUAUGUAUUUUUAUGACAUUUAUGAUAUGAUUAUAAUGUACUCCCAUCAUUCUUCUAACAUUUGUACUUCCUAUUUGAUAAUAUUUAUCAUUCAUUUAUCAUGUAUCAGUUAUAUUUUGUUGUUUCUUUUUCUAUCUUAUGAUAAAAAAUAA